AUGGCCGCCAAAAUAUGGGCUGGCGUAAUAGCAGGAAACUCAUCGACCCCAGACUCGAUCAAAAAUGCUUUAAACCCACGCACACCCAUUCGAAUCAACGGUUUCAAAUCGUACAAAUUAUCAGGGAUCAACCCGCCCCAAAACCCCACAUCAACCCACGUCUGGCCCUUGGCGGCAUUAAUUUUCAAGUUAAAGUUGGCAACAGUAGUGGUAGGAGGAAUGGCAUUCAACGGCAUAUCAAUCACAGUAGUGACACCUCCCGAUGCAGCAGCUUUGGUCCCAGUUUCAAACCCUUCCCAUUCAGUUCUACCGGGCUCGUUCAAGUGGACAUGUGCAUCAACUAGCCCAGGCAUAAUCACUGCUGGCGUAACAUUUCUAUAG